CCGUACCCCUGGGUAAAAAUGGCUCAAUAAAUCUUCAGAAUUGACUGCGGAAAGGUGAAUGUCGGAAGUAAAUCACGUGAACGGAGGCCUUUUCCCUGAACCUUCCGAACUCAAAUCUCAAUUUGUGGCUUUGAAGUUGCUGCGCGACGCUCUUGACCCAGACCCCAUUGGACUUGAUUGUCCUCCACCAGCGACUUCUUUUUCGUCUUCUCUUCCUUUUCUACCGUCCUUCCUUUCCCUAGUCGCUUCAGUCAUGCCCGCCACAGCGUCCCGUGCCGUUCUGCGGCAGUCGCAGUUCUUGACCCGGAGGACCGCGGUCAGACAUGCCUCUUCCUCCUCCGAAGCUGCCUCCAAGGCCAGCGAAAAGGCCUCGUCCACUGCCUCGAAGGCUUCUGAGGGUCUCUCUCGUGUUUCCUCGUCGGCCGGCCCUGCCCUCUCGAACGCUGCUCAGGGUCUCGGUGGUGCUCUGAAGAAAGUUGGUGGAAGAACCGGAAAGGUCAUUUCUUUUGUCGAGUCUAUGAUACCCCCUACGCUCUACUACUCGAGAGUCGGACUUGAGCUCGGCAAGCUGGUUUUCCGUGGCCAGAACAUGACCCCUCCCAAUGUGGCUACCUUCCAGUCCUACUUCCAGCACCUCCUCAACGCCGCCCGCAACCCCUCGUCCAGCCCCCUCUCGUCGCAGAACAUCCUGAACCGCGUCCGCAGCGCCAACGCCAAGGAGAUCGCACUUGCCGGUGUCACCGCCGCUGAGGUUCUUGGUUUCUUCACCGUGGGCGAGAUCAUCGGAAGAUUUAACAUUGUCGGCUACCGGGGGGAGGUUGCGCACGGAGAGCACCACUAGGUUUAUAACACUACACUACACCCAAGUCAUGUCUGAACCGUCCUUCAUAUAUUUCCCCAUUUUCCUUGCGUGCUUGUAUUAUUGUAUGAUAGACGAUGGAAUUUAACUGUUGUCUGAGGCAAAGAUUUGUGUGGUUUUAAAAUCAGGCUUUUUUCCGGGGUUGUGCGAUUUCCGGACGUGGGGGAGGCUCUCCGGGCGAGCGCAUCUUUGCACAAAUCUUACUUGGAUAUAAUCCUGUAUGCGCAUAAUAUGAAUAAAAGCAUCUCUUCUCUG